AUGUCGGUCAAGAUCGAGCGGGAUUCGUACAGAGAGGCGAUCAAGGAUGCUGUCCUUGAUCAUGCUGUGAGCAAGGGCGGCGUCAUCGGCCAUACCGCCGGCGCCAUCUCGGAAGCGGCCCACGGCAACCUGCCCGGCACCACCGGCAAGCACCCUGUUGCCGCCGUCGUUGGUACGGCCAUCACCGGCGGCCGCUUGAAUGCGGGCACCAAGGGUUAUCUUGCUGCCUACCUCAAACAACUAGAGGACAACCCGCUGCGCACCAAGAUGCUGACGGCCGGCACCCUGGCUGGUAGCCAGGAGCUGCUGGCCUCGUGGCUGGCCAAGGAUCGCAACAAGCACGGCAACUACUUCACUUCCCGUGUGCCUAAGAUGGCCGCCUAUGGUGCUCUUGUCAGCGCACCUCUCGGUCACUUCCUGAUCUGGCUGCUGCAAAAGAUCUUCAGCGGCCGCACCAGCCUGAAGGCCAAGGUCUUGCAGAUUCUCGUCAGCAACCUGGUGGUCGCUCCCAUCCAAAACGCCGUCUACCUCGUCGCCAUGUCCCUCGUCGCCGGCGCCCGGACAUUCCAUCAGGUCAAGGCAACGGUGCGCGUCAGCUUCUGGCGUGUCAUGCGCGUAAGCUGGAUCACCUCGCCCAUCUGCCUGGCCUUUGCGCAGUAUUUCCUGCCCGAGCACACCUGGGUGCCCUUCUUCAACCUCGUGUCCUUCAUCAUCGGCACGUACAUCAACACCAUCGCCAAGAAGAAGCGCCUCACUGCUCUCCGCAAGAAGCACUUUGGCGAGGGCGGCCGCGGCUCCGGUGGCAACUCUGCGGUUGGCGGGCCCCGCCCCGAGGACUACCCGCCUCUCGGCCCUAACCCCCCUUACUAA